CCCAAAAAUCGUCAUCACUACAAACCUGCUCACUACGAACCCAAAGUAACAUCAACAAAACAAAAUAAACAAUAACAAUCAAACGUUUACGAUAUUAACUGUUCAAAGAAAAACGGAAAUCAAAUUAAACGACAUUUUCUAGUGACAUCAAAUCAACGGAAUAAUAAACAAUUAAAACAAUUUAACAAUCAUCGAGUAAAUUGAUUUCAAUUUACUACUACUAAGUGUGUGUGUAGUUUUUACAUUGACAAUUAUCAUUAAGUUUGACUUUCCAAACAAUUACUACAACUAUUCAUCAUUACAAUAAUCCUCAAAGUUAAUUGAUCAUCUUUUCUGGUAUCAAUAGUGAACUUUGCUUGUUACCAUAAACUCCCAUCUCUCUCUGUGUGUACAUCAAAUCAUCAUCAGAAAAGUGUAACAAUUAACAAACAAUUAACCAAUUUCUCGGGAUUAACUGUGGCAAUAAAUCAACAGAGAUUUGUGUUUAUCUAACCUUAACCUUUUAAACACUUUCUAAUUUGGAUUAUCAUUUUUUUCUUAAUGGAUUAUUGUCAUCACCAUUAUCAUCAAUUUCAUCAUCUUAAUCAACCACCUCUCACAUUGAAACAAUUUACCUUCUUCCAAUUGAAGAAUAUAUAAUUUAUUAAACAAUAAUUGGAUAAUCUAAUCUGCUUCCUUUAAUCCAAUUGAUAAUCCAUUUUAAACUAUCGACUGAGAUUCUCAAUCAAGCUAAUCUACAAUCAAUACUAAUCGUAUAAUAUCAACAUCGUCAUCAUCAUCAUCAACAACAACAACGACAUACACACACAAACACUUGAUUAUCAUCAUCAUCAGUUGAUCUAAUUGAAUAACAAUAAUAUUCUUGUGACGUUUAAUCAUCAUCAUCACUAAUCAACAACAACAACAAUCUAGAUUAACUAUUUGUUUAUCUGUCAACAAAGUGCAAUCUCGUGCAAUCCUUUUUACAGUUACAAUUAACUAAUUGUCGCAACUACUCAAAAGUCUUCUGCUUGUUUCCUCUCUUUCGAGAAAAAUUAAUAUUAAUUUUAUUUGGAAUCAUUUUAAAAUUCAUUCAUUCAUCAUUCAUCACUAAUUUAAAUCAUAAUGUUCAGUUUUCAUAAGCCCAAAAUUUACCGAUCGAUAUCGGGAUGUUGUAUAUGCAAAGCGAAAUCUUCCAGUUCCCGUUUUACCGAUUCAAAAAAGUACGAAGCUGAAUUCGAGAAGUGUUUCCGUAUAAGCGAAAAACGUUCUGGUGAGAUAUGUAAUGCUUGCGUUCUGCUGGUUAAGAGGUGGAAAAAAUUGCCUCCGGGGACACUUCGCAAUUGGAGGCAUGUUGUUGACGCUCGAGCUGGACCAGGAACUAAAUCAAUGAAAUAUGCGAAAUUAAAUCACAAUUCAUCAACCGGUGGAUCAAUUAAUAGUACACAUAAUCAUAAGAAACACAAUAAACCAAAGAAAAUUAAAUCAUCGAUACUUGAUUAUACCGACAUUCAAGAUGGUGAUAGAUUUCAAAUCUCAUCAGUGAGACAUUUAUCCAGUCCAAUUGGAAGUGAUUCAUCUGAUUUAGAUGAUGAUGAGGAUGUCGAUGAAGAUGAUUACCUGUCCGAUUUUGACGACGAAAGUAAAGGACAAAAUACCUUGGCUGGUGUAAGAAAUACCGAUGGUACAACAACCACGACCAAGAAAAAGCUUCGUAGUAACUCAAAAAGUCCACUUUCCACCAGUACAAUUACAUCAGCAUCUUCAUCUUCAAACCUCUCAUCCCCUGGAUCUUCAUCCACCAGCCGAAGAAGCUUAACCAAGCGCAGUAAACCACCAACAAGCUCACUCUCUAAAGUUUCUUCCUUCUUAGAUAUGUCCUUCUGGAGGAAAGAAAAAAUUUGCUGUGGAAUAAUCUUCAAAGGUCCUAACAACGAGGUGCUUAUUUAUCCCAAACUGCUCAAACCCUGUUCAUGUCGCAUUAAAAUGACCGAAGCAAAAUCUGGUGGCGGAAGUGGAGGAAGUGACACUGCCUCGAUCACAUCUACCUCACAAAUAGAAGAGGACACGAACAGUAAUGCCUCAAGCAUUGCAGCUUAUUCUCUUUAACAACAAUUUCAUUCUUAGGAUGAUAUUUCAAUUUCUCUUCCUCUUCCUCUGUUCAUCUUUCCCUCUUUCUUUUCACCAUAAUAUUAAAGCCUUUUCCCUCUUUCCAAACUGUUAAUCGCCUUCUAAUCCUUAAAACUCAAAAUUCUUUCAUCUUUUUACUUUCAUAUCCAUCAAUUCAUUUACAUCUCUCCUUUCUCAUCUUAUAUAAUUACUCUUCUUCCAUAAUCUAUUCCUUCAACUCUUCCCCACCUCCAUCAUCAUCACCAAUACCCUCUUAGACUGAGAUCCAAUAUCCUUUUCCUUGUAAGACAUUUUUUUUAUAUAUUCACAUGAAACCUUAGCCUCUCACCUUUACAAUUCCCACUCCAAUUUAAAUGGCUAAUUACUUUAGAAAAAGAAGAGUAAAUGAUUUAUAUAUUAAUUAAUUAUUAUUUGUAAACUAUUUCAUCAUAAUCAUCAUCUUUUUGUGCAAUUAUCGUCAACACUAAUAUAAAUUAAUAUGAUUGUAAUAAUAUCUUGACAAUGCAACGAUAUCAAUGACAAGUUGUCGUCCGCAUCCAUAACCAACCAACCAAUACAACAAUCAACAUUAUCGCAAUCAUCCUAGAGCAAUUAUCAUCAAAAUGAACCUUCAUUAAAUCUGAUCACGGCUUACCUGAUCAUCAUCAUCAUCGCCAUCACCACCACCACCACCAUCAUCAUCAUCAUCGUCUUCAGUUAUCCACAAUAUUCAAUAAGGAAAAAGAAAACUUUUUUUUUCUUCUCGCAAUCAAAAAGCCCAAUAGCAAAUAAACAAUAAAUUAUAUAAUCUUAUAAACGGAUUUAUAAA